AUGUUGCAAUUAAAUAUUGUGAAUGCACUCUGCCUUCAAAUACUGUUCUCGUCAAUUGCGUCCGCUGGGCCAUUAGACACAGCGCCUAAAUACCAGGCACUGCCACCGCUACGAGAGCAAGCUGUAAUUCAAGACGCAUUGAGGGACCAGCGAGUCUCCAAUAUACCUCACAUAUUACAAAAAUACGGAGUAGAUGCCUGGCUAAUGAGCCAGAAAGAAUAUGCUGAGGAUACCGUCUUCUGGUCCCUCAAAUCAGCUACCCAAUUCUCCGCCCGUCGCCGCACUGUCCAGCUGUUUCUUGCAAAUGCCACUGCUGGGGUGAAGUCGGCAUAUACCUGGAUCGACAACACGCCAAAAGUAUGGUCCGACAUACUCGAGGUUCUCGAGGAGCAAAAUCCAGCUUCUAUCGCCCUUAAUAUUGAUACAGAUAUUUCUUUCAGUAGUGGCUUGCAUGCUGGUGAGUAUGAGACAAUCAUAGGCGAAUUAGGGGAGAAAUGGAGCAAGAAGGUGGUGAGUGAGCCGAUGGUUGCGGUUGAGUAUAUCGGAACGAUGGUCAAGGAGCGCUUGCCUUGGUAUCGGAAAUUGCAAGAGACAGCUUGGGCGAUUAUUUCGGAGGGGUUUAGUGAGAAGGUUAUCACUCCCGGAAAGACCACUACCGAGGAUGUUGAGUGGUGGAUGCGCGAGAAGAUCCAGCAGCUAAACUAUACCACUUGGUUCAUGCCAAGCGUAAAUAUUCUCGAUGAUAAAGAUAUUUUCGGGAGUGGCACCGAGAUCAAAUCGGGCGCUAUACAGUAUGGCGAUGUGCUGCAUGUCGAUUUCGGCGUAACGGCGUUGGGUUUAAACACUGACACACAGCAUUUGGCCUAUGUGCUCCAUCCAGGAGAGACGGAGUCUGACAUCCCUCAAGGUCUACUCAAUGGACUGAAGACAGCGAAUCGGCUGCAAGAUAUUGUGAAAUCGAAUAUGAAAAUUGGGAGUUCAGGCAAUACGAUAUUGAAAAACGCAUUGAAACAAAUGCACAGCGAGGGCAUCGAAGGGAAAAUAUAUUCACACCCUAUUGGGGAUUGGGGCCACUCAGCCGGUACACUUAUAGGUAUGUCUAAUCAACAAGAUGAGGUCCCGGUACUUGGAGACCUCCCUCUUUUAGACAACACCUACUACAGCGUUGAGCUGUAUGCUACCCAUUUUGUUCCAGAGCGUAACGCCACUAUGUAUUUUUAUCUUGAAGAGGAUAUUUAUUGGGUCGAUGAGGGGAAGCGUUGGGAUUGGGUGUACGGCCAACAGAAGAAGUUCCAUCUCGUUAGGCCUCAGGGUGCAAAGGCUGGUGAGUUGUUCCGAGUGCAAUCUCCUUGA